GUUGGUUUUAAUGGUAAUUUUGAGAGUUGAAAUAAGUUCCAAUUAUUUUUAUUCAAUUAGGGCUACGUUUUAUUGCCAUAUGAACAUGACGGGGACUUUUCGGGGAUUUUGGCUGAAUAUUUGGUGAGAUACGGGGGGAUUUGGUGAGUUUUGGGCCAAACGUUUGGGGAAUUAUCUUGGAGGCUUGUUGGCAGCCCUCUCUCUCUCUCUCUGCUGGCCUCUUGCCUUCAACACUAACCAUGGCCACCGGAGGAAGGGAUCCCUCUGGGAAUCUCCUGGAGGAAGCCACUUGCUCCAUCUGCUUGGAUCCCUUCAGGGACCCGGUGAUGAUCCCCAACUGCGGGCACAACUUUUGCAGAGCCUGCAUCACCCAGUGCCAGCAGAGCCUUUGCCCCCAGUGCAGGAUCCCUUUCCCCCCCCAGCAGCUCCGGCCCAACAGGGAUCUGGGGCACCUGGUGGAGGCCAUCCGGCAGCUCAAGCUCAGCCAGCCCUCGGGGGAGCCUAAGGAAGCAGCGCGGCGCCAGGAUUCGAACCCAGACCCGGGGAGACUGCUGCUGCUGCUGUGCGAGAAGCACCAGGAAGCGGCCAAGCUCUUCUGCCUGCAGGACAAAGCCUUCCUCUGCCUGGUCUGCAGGGAGUCCAGGGCCCACAGGACACACUCAGCUCUCCCCAUAGAAGAGGCAGCCCAGGAGUACCAAGAUCAGAUCCAAAGUUUAUUGACAACUCUGCCAAAGUUGAGAGAGGAAAUCCUGAAGGCAAGGUUGUAUAAAGAGAAAGAAUUUCAGAAGAUGAAGAGUGACAUUACAUCUGCCAGGCAGCGCAUUGCAUCCACAUUACCAAAGAAAGAAGCCAAGACCUUGUUGCCCCUGCUGGACACCUGCGAAGCGAAUAUGAAUAUAAUUGUUCAGAUGGCCAAUGACAUCUCAGAGCGCAAUGCCUGUCUCACCAGGCUGAUUAGUGAGCUAGAAAAGAAGCGUCUGCAGUCAUCCUUCGAAUUCUUGCAGGACAUCGGUGAUUUACUGAGCAGAUGUGAAAGAGAAAUGGGAAAACCCAAACCUGAUAUGAAUGGGAUAGUUGGAUACAUCACUGAAAACCUGAUGCUGGUUAACACCAAGUUGGGUCAAUUUUCAGGGAACACAUCAGUGCCAACAUGGAUUAAAGAAAAUGUGGUGCUGGAUCCACAAACAGCCCACCCUCGUUACAUUGUGUCUAAAGAUCGGAAAAGUGUACGCUGGGGGGACAGCCGUAGGGAUGUGCCCUACAACCCCAAAAGAUUUGAGUAUGCCCGCUGCGUGCUUGGAAAGAAGGGAUUCACCUCAGGAAAACAUUAUUGGAUUGUGGAUGUAGAGGAUGGAGACUACUGGGCGGUAGGAGUGGCCCAAGAAUCUGUGGACAGGGAUGGGGAACUUGCUUUUGAACCCGAUGAGGGAAUCUGGGCUCUGGCACGUUAUGACGAUCAGUACAAAGCCCUUACUUCACCUCCCACAAUAGUGGAUCCAAAGUAUGAUCCAGUAGAGAUCCAGGUGUCUCUGAACUAUGAUGCUGGAACAGUGGCUUUUUAUGAUGAAAAUAAGACCCGUCUCUUUAUUUUCCGGUCAAUUGAUUUUGAAGGGGAGAAAGUCUUCCCAUUUUUCCGUAUUUCUGAUUCAUCGACUUCUCUGCGCCUGUGUUAAACGUAGAGCUUGGAUUGUGUUUGUUUUGCUGGGAGGAAAUUCUGAGCAGGACAGGGAAAUGUCUAAUGUAAAAUAAUGUAAGCUGCUCUGAUAGCCUUUUGGCUGAAGAGCAGGGUAUAAAUACUAUAAAUAAAAAAUAAUUUAUCUAUUCUAUCAUGAGAUACUGGCACAGACUGGCACCUCCACCUUACAAUGGUGCCCUCUUUGUACUGCAUUAUAAUGGAGUUUAGCAGAGUAGCAAAGAAUAGGUUUUACUAGAAAGAAACUCCUGUAUUCUGUAAAUAAUGUAAAUAAUAAGGUUUCAUUGAUGAACAGUGAAAUACAAAUCCAAUAAAUAAGAACCAUAAAAACCAUCGCUGGAAAUACAUCAAUCAAAUGUAAAUAAAUGUUGGCAAAGCACUAUGACCAAUGUAACAUAUUUCGUAUGAAAUAAAAAAAAAACCUGAUUCAUGA